UAUAACAUGGAUUUAGAUCAUGGAAUUCCUGCAACUAAUAAUAUUGUUUAUUACAAAGCCCAAAGGUACAGUUCGUUGAAUAAGAUCAAUGACGGUGAGUUUUUAUCUGUGUUAUUACCAUUUUAAUUGCAUUAUUAGUUCUGUGAGAUAAGAAACGUUUAAUUGUCUCUUGUAACACCCAGGAACAUUGUACAGAUAUAAUAAACAACUAUUUUAAUAAAAGAAAAAAAAAAUGAACGCAAAAUUUUUAAAUAUUAAUUAAUAAAUAACGCAAUAUUUAACUAGCUGUGUUUUUUUUAUUAUUCAAACAUGGUGUUACGACACAGUCUAAUCGUUGUUUACUUUAGAUAAUUGUUAUUUACUUGAUUCAUUUAUGUGAAAUUGGUAAAAAGAGAAUACAAAUAGAAAUUUUAUUUUUGAGGACAAAUAAUUUAUUGUAUUGAUUUGUGAAUAUUAAAAUGUUUAUAUGCUUAUCUGUAUAGAUUUUUAAACGUGCAAUGCCCUUUAAUCGAUGUUUUUUGCGAUAACGUUAAUAGUUAGAAACAGAUCCAAUCGUCUGUGUUUGUUGCGAUUGAUAUGAUAUUGCAGAGUAUUUUUUAUUAUGUACUUUACAUUAUCAGUUAAUACAAUUUAGUCAACUAUUAGCAAUAGAUGGCAUUCAGUCAGUAAAUAAGGAAUUGGAAAGAUGCAUGGUGCCAAAAGGGUGGUAAUAUUUUUUUUGAUGAUAAUGGUGACCCCAACAUUUUUAAUAAUAUUGCCCUUGUACCUUCGUCAUCAUGUUUUCGCAAACGUUGCGUACGUUGUAACAGAAUCGGACAUAGUCGAAGUAGUUGAUGGAAUAUCUAAUAUUUUUUGCGAGUCACAAACCCUUAAAAUGAAUGGAAGUUUCAAUGCUUUUCAGUUAUCUGAUGUGCCGAAGAUAAACACCACCAGGCGUAAACACAUUCGAUUAAAAAAAUCUAUGACAUUACCUGAUGAUACGUUCGAAUAUUGGGGCUUCCAUUUACUCAAAGGUGCUACUGUUAAGUUAAAACUAUGCUCACGAUAUGAAGGAUCAAGAAUUUUGGUUGUAAGAGGCGAAAGAAACUUGAAAACGUGCCAUUUACUUGAUAGACAGAUGAAAAAAGUUGGGGCGCAAUUCGACACUGAGCAUAAGCAAGUUAAAAUUACUUUGGAAGCUAAACAAGAAAUGCCUUUCAAUGAUAGUCAAUCUUUGUUGGAGCCUGGUGAUGUAGGGGCUGAAGAUGAAAAUAAUACUGACGUUGAACUGUUUCUUAAACAUAAGUUAAGUAAAUACAAGAAAGUUAACAGUUCAGAUGAAUAUAAAGUUGAAAAUGUUUCAAAGAGAAAUUCUUUGCAAGAAAUUCAACAGGAACUUUAUAAACUUCAGCAGGCGCUCCGGUCAAACGAAAAGAUUGAUUUACUUGUAAGAAAAACUAAACGGGACUUGGAAAGACACAUUUUGGACGCAAAAAUUCAGCACGGUGGUAAUGCCAUGAACUACACUGAUGAUGAAGAUAGUGCGUCCAGUUUUGAAGCGGAAUUAUUAUUUUGUUAUAACGGACACAUUCUUUUAACUGAAGGAUUUCCUCCUUCUCAUCUUUGCACUGACGUUCAUUACCUCGAAAAUGGGGAACAUUUGCAGACAAUACAUAACGUUGCCUCGGACGGUUAUUAUCAUUAUAUUUUUUAUUCUGAUAAUGACUAUAUAAGUAACGAUAUUCAUGUGGUUUUUGAUAUUUACAAACCGACAUUUCAAUAUUCCAAUGUGAGUGAAGAAAAGAAAUGUAUGAACCAGAGGGAAUGUACUUUUAGUGUGCCCUUUUUGUCAUAUCAGAUUGUGAUUGUGGAGGUACCCACUAAAGAUGGUAUUGAGCUAGGAGACGAAGUUUUCUUAUUAGUUAGCACCUGCCAUCCUAGAAUGACUGUUUAUAUGAUUUUUCCAAUGUUAAUAAUGAUUCUAAUACUGGGCUGUGCAUACUUGUGAUAUAAUUUGUAUUCAGUUCUGUGUAUACUUUUAAUUCAAAUCAUUUCUAAAUACCUACUGCAUGUAGAUUUAAAUUAAUUUUGUUUUUUUUACAUAAUAUAUUUACAGUUUUAUUCUCAAAAUACUAUUAAAUAA